AUGACAGCCUCACGUCAUUCCACCGUACGACAUGGUAAUGCCACGUAUGUCAAUGCCGGUCAAAAUUCUACACCGAAGAACCUGUCCCGUCAGAACUCCCCAAUUGUGAUCGAAACUACCACCUCAUUGCGCCCUAGUGAUGACGCAGAAGAACUGAAACGUGAAGCGGCAAGGCGAACCCUGUUCCAGAAGAUAUCCAAUAACCAGUUCGACAUACCCAACGGAUACCGCAAAGUCGAAGUUCUCAUACUCCGUUGGGAUGAAAGCAUCGAUGAUUUUGGAAAGGGCCACAAUCAGGAGGUCCAAAGAUUGGAGGGCAUUUUCUCCGAUCUUGGCUAUGGGGUCACGGUCGCAAGCAUCAAAGAUGACCAUCCGCAAGUAGAUUUCAACCUCAAGAUCCUCCAGCAUAUACGCCAACAUGACGGAGAUGACAAUCUGCUCAUUGUGUAUUACACAGGCCAUGGAAGUCAGGUUCGAAAUGGUCAGGUUCGAAAUCUUGAGCUGUCUGCAACAGAAGACUCGAGCGGACAUGGUGACAUUGCACCGGUCGCAUUUUGGGGCCUAGCAGAGGAACCUUUGCGUACUCUCGCCAGAGCUGAUGUGUUUUCCAUCCUAGACUGUUGCUGCGCUAGCACUGCAGCAGUGAAGGGUAGAAGCAUAGAGUUGAGAGCAUAUCAAUUGUUGGCAGCAUCGACGUUCGAAGGUAAUACGAAUGGUCCAGGAGAAAAAUCGUUCACCACGGCGUUUUGUGAUUCACUCGAAGAAUUGAUUCGAGACUCCAAGGGAGAAAGCUUCUCCGUAUACCGGCUCUGGGAGACGAUUAACAAAAAACGAACGUCUGAUACUGCACUUAUAUGGAACCGCCUCCAGCGUGAAACCCGGAAUAUCGAUCUUCACCACCUCAAUUACAGCGCCCAAAGAGACGCUUCAUUCCAGAGACAAAAUCCUGAACGAUCUUUUCUAGUGUUGAGGUUGUCUCUGAUGGAGAACGACUUGAAAGAUAAUCAGAUUGAUAAACUGGCCCGGAAUUUGCACACGGCUUGCAAGAAGUCAGGAAUCCCUGGGCGUCAAAUGGAAUGGGUGAAGAUGGAGCAGUCGCAUCCUAUAAAGUCCUUCUACAAAUUGGUGAAGAGGGUGCAGCGCGAUCAGAGACGUCAGAGCACUCCUGGAAAGCCGCAAGAGGAACAGCAAGAGCCACACCGAGGACAGCAAGAACAGCAGUCAUUGUUCGAGUGUAGAGCGUCUAGUGGAUCAAACGUCAUAUCCUUAGAGGCUCGAACCAAGGUAGAAAGCGUCCGGAUUCCGGACAACGAAUUUUUUACGGUAUCCAGAAGCAAUCGAUUUUGUGUUUUGCGGGCCUGA